AUGGAUGCGUGGAAUGAGAUCCAAGAUUCCAGUCCCGCACAGAAGGAUUUGGGGAAAAGUGGCGGGGAUGAGAGCGCUCGUCUUUUUUUGUUUUUUGCAGGCUUUGGUGGGCGUCAGCCUGGAUGGAUUGAGUGGUUCGUGUCGGCUCGGUGGAAGUUUGGGAUCUUCGCUGGGGUCAUCUCCUUUGUGCCUGGGCUUUGCUCGGGUCUUUUGGGAAUGGAUUACGGUGUUAUGGCAUACUGGGCUCAAUGGUUUGGGUAG